AUGGACUACUCAUUAAAAUGUUUCAUCUGCGAAAGGAAGUUUGUUGGUUCUUUAUUAGCUCAAGAAGUGAAAAUCGUUAAAGCACGUGGGAUAGCCACAUUACGUGAAUAUAGUAUGAAAAUCGGUGAUAAUAAGCAUAAAUUUUUAGAAGGCAAAACCGAAAUUCAAGUUCACGAAAAGUGUCGAACGAAAUAUUUAAUUUCCAACAAGGAUACUCCUGGUUCUUCAAACUCAUCGGUUUCCGGAAUAUCAACACGCAGUGUAUCUAGUGAUUUUGAGUUUAGUAAACACUGUUUGUUUUGCCAAAAGGACAUCUACAAUAAAUUACGUAAGAAACACAUUAUACAAUCAGAUGAAAUAAAAGAGAAAUUAUUACAUUUUGCGGAACAACGUAAUGAUUCUCUUGGACAGCAUGUUAUUGAUUUAAUAUCCCGAGUAAAUUCAUUAACAGAAGUAAAGGCACGUUAUCAUCUUUCCUGUCUCAAUAAAUUUAAAAAAAUUCCGACUGAUCAAUCUAAAAUCGAGGAUUCACCUUUACAAAAAUCAUUGAAACUUGUUUUUGAUUACAUUGAAAACAGCUCCGAAUGCCAAUUUACAAUCGGCAGUCAGAGCAACGUUGCAAUGGUUUUUGAGAACCAGAAUCCUGUGCCAGUUAAUCCAUUACCACCACCUCCACUGCCUCCACCUAUUUUUCUGGAUGAAGAAAACUGCUACAACAAAUUGCCGCCAAAGUUUCCUACAUGGACAUCCACUAAUGAAGCUAAAAAUAUUAAUACAUGGACAGAAGAGAAACCAAAAUCUUGGGAAGGAAGUAAUAACCGCUGGAAUGAGCCUGAGGCUCGAUGGUCCAACGGUAUACUGUCAAAGCCUCUAGCUUCCGAGACCUCUGACUCUCCACCGAGUUACGAAAAGUCAAACUUUCAUGAAUCCAUAGAAUACCCGGAUUCUCAGGCUCCAGAACCUUUGGUCAAUAGUGUUACUGACGUAGAUCAUCGAGUUGUUCCUGCUCCAAGGCCAAACGAUAUUCAUCUUCCACGAUUAAUGAAAUCCGGAGACGUUGAUCAUAGAAAUUUGAUCAGUUUGACCGGCAGUCCCGCCAGCGUAAUUAAUUCCGAAUCAGUUACUUCAAAUAAUCGAAUCUGGGACUCUGAUCAAGACUACAGAAGACAAGUGCAGUCGGGUGAUAUAGUAGAAAGCGUAGACAUGGAAAUGUCUGAUGAUGAAGCUGAUGGUCCAAGUGCUAAACAAAAGAACCGAGUUCUUGUAGAUUUGAGGGCUCAAGACCGCGACAUGAGAAUAACUCAGCCGCCUCCCCCACCAAGACACGACAUGGACAUGCGAAUGAUUCCGCUGCCAAACAACCCGAUGAUCCACGAUCCUAUGCCUGACAUGAGGAAUGUUCACAUCAGACCACCUCCACCUGGGCAAUUCCAUCCUCAAGAGUUCGUUCCUGGUCAGCCGAAUAAUUUUCCUCGCCCUGAAGAUUUUCCCGGUGGUAAUUGUCCUCCAGGUAUGCCUGGGUUUAUGCCUCCUGGUGAGUUUCCUCCUCACCCGGAUUAUGCGCGUCAGGAUAUUUACGAGAGCUACCAAGGUCCUCCUCCAGGAGAUCACCAGUCCCAGAUGUUCCGUGGACGUGGAAGAGGCUUCAGAAAUCGGUUCUCGGACCACAAUGAUCGGAACCGGCGCAGACACGACGAUAAUUUGGCUGAUAGACAGCAGAACUUGAAGCCUCCUGACACAGUUGUUAUUUUGGACGACAAUGGCAUGCCCAUAAUGCCGGAUCUUAACGACGGAAGACUUUCUCUGGAUCCUGAAGAACACGAGGACUUACGACCUCCUGGACAUAGUCCUGAUAUUUCUGAAAUACCCGAUAAACUUGACGAUGAUGUUAAUGCUGAAGAACGCGCUCAGACUGCUGAUGAAGCGCCGCGUAAUUUAUCGGAACAUCUAGAGGCGUUGAUGAACUCUAACAUGACCAAUGAUAUGGAGCGGCAGAAUGGACUUCUUGAGCAAGAUAUGUCGACAGCAAAAAGGCCUAUCAAUGGCCCUCCUAGCUCGGGAAUAAGUGACAUACAUCCAGGAGCUUUCGACUACGAGUCGCCAAACGCAAACUUCCGGCCGCGAAUGCCGACAAACAGUCCAUUUGCCGGGCCUUGGAGAGGCAAUCAUACUCCUCGCAGCAGGGGCGGGUUUCGGGGAUCUCCCAGGGCGCCCUGGAACGAUCGAGGACCUCGGAAUCCUGGUAAUAACGGCGGACCGCCCGGCAACUUUCAUCCUAGGGCGAUGAAACGCGGAAGCCCGUUUCGCGGCGGAAACUUCCGAGGCCGCGGACGCGGCAAUAACUGGUGACCUAAAAAGUUUUACUAGUUCCUUAUUUGCUGUAAAUAAUAUAAUAUAAUAUAUUAUUUGUAUUUGAUCGUCUGUAUCUGAUUUACAUUAUUAAUUUGUUUAUUUAAAUUUUUAAGGUGCUGACGAUUGUUUAAUAACAUGCGUGCAAAUAUUUAUGUUUGUAAACAAUAUUUAUCGAGGGGGUUUGAUAGUUAUUAAUUAGAAAUAUUUAUCUAUAUAACUAUAAAUAUAAGUAUAAGUAUCAAUAAGAUUUAAAAGUUAGAUCUAAUGUACAAAUAUUUCUUUUUUGUUAAUAUUUAGUUAGUAAAUGUUAUGUAAUAUGACUU